CCUUCCUCUCGGUCUCCCUCUCUCAUUCCCUCUCUCCACUGCCAGAGAGAGAGAUGAGUGGAGGAGCGGAGUCUCAGUGAAUAGAGCGAAGCGAUGGAGAGAUGCUCCAUCUCUCUUGUCGCACGACUGACUGCCCUCCGCUGGCUCGUUUCCCUCCUCCUGGUUGCUCUGGUGACACAGCCCUCCACCUGUAACCGUGACGACAGUGAGGGCGAGGAGCAGGUGGACGCCCUGUCGGUCCAGCUGUCCGUCACCGCCCAGGUCACACCCACCCCUCUGUGGGCUGUGGUCUGGGGUCCCACGCAGCCUCUGGAGGAUGAGACCUACCACUUCCUCUCUACCCAGGAAACUGACCCCCUGCACCAGCAUGGGAACCAGCAGGAAGCCAACACCGCCACGUCCAAGGACUGGCCUUAUCCUGGUGCAAGUAUGCAGCCCAGAGAGGAGGCACCGCUGGAGUCUAGGAACCAGGAGGGAGUGGAGGACGGAGGGACGGAGGCGGAGGAGACGGAGCCUGAGGAAGUGGACCCUCAGUUCUACGUCACCGUGACCAUCUCCUCGCUUCUCAUCCUGACAGCAGUCGUCAUUACAUCCAAACUCUGUUACGAUCGCAGCUGUUCCCAGCAUCCGCCCCCGCUUUCCCGUGGCGUGGCUCCCCCCCUCUCCCUCGCGCUCCCUCGUUCCCUCGCUUCGGAGGACAGCCGGCAGACGUUGCACAGCACCUCCUCCUCCUUCGCCGACAGGGAGAGGAUCCCAGUUGUGAACCUCUGAGGUGACUGUUUUUCCAUAUGGUAAACAUUUCUAUGGGGCCUGAGGACGAACAUCAACAUGACCAGAGGGUGUGCCCACAGCGCUGUUUUAUUUUCUCUGAAACUGUGAAAUGAAUUCAGGGAUCCCAGGUAUCCAGCCAUCCUAAAACUCCUCAGCUCCCCUGAGGUCUAAAAAACCCAAACUCAUCUCCCCGCUGCUCCCCCACCCCCUUCCUUCCGUCCUUCCUCUGUGCUCGGUGUAAAUUUCUUUUAUGUGGCGCCGCGUCAUUUUAACCUGCUCCCUGUUUUCCAUCGCCUGUAUGGCCCCCGAGCUCUGCCAAGUUACCCAUCCACGCUACGCUUCGACCUGCCAUGACUAAUUCACAAACAAGCAGUUUAACCGCCAUGCUACAUCCCAUUAACCCAGAUAUGCCCUACCUGUGCUUCCACAACUGUUUCCAGUGAUCCAGCUGCACAUGAGAAGCCGUUCAGUAUUAAUUCUAACCUAGCUGACUGUUCUUUUAUGAAAUGAUGCUCAAAUUCAGUUCAGUCUAGCAGGCUUGUAUCUGGGUUGUAAAUGGUUAAAAAAAGCCAUUCUCAGCAUCUCCAAAUACUGAACGGGGUAUUUCACAAAGCUGUUUGGCACGGCUGUAGCCAACAGGCAAUGUGUUUAACAUGUCACGCUCCAAAAACUGCUGUUUAUUCCCCGCUUUGGGCGCCUGAAAUGCAA